UUGAUGAUGAUGAAGAGACCUUUCCCACUUCCAAAAGUGAUGUAUGGUCUUUUGGUUGCAAUAUGAUUCAUGUGCUCUCUGGGCAGUUGCCCUGGUGGUCAACUCGAUCUAACCACAUUCCCCUCCAACUACUUGCAGGAAAGGUACCACCACUACCACCAGUAAUUGAGGAUCAGGCCCAAGAUUCAUCCUUCCUCCGAAAAUGCUUCUCUUUUUCACCAGCAGACCGCCCUUCCGCAGAUCAGACACUAGCCUUUGUACGCAAAGCACUAAGGACGGGAAUGCCGCAGACUGCGGAAGUUGCGGUGGCAUUCCCCCUGUUGAUCAACAUGAUCACGACAAUGGCAUUCCUGCUGUUGUGGCCGAGUUCAAACGACGUGCUUUUGAUCUGGUUCCAUCACAUUUGAUCCAUAUCCCAACCAUGGAAUUGAUCCCGCGCGACAAACUCAUUACACUACUGAAACCAGAGACGAUCACUGAGAAGGAUAUCCGUCAGUGUGGGGGAUGGUCGAGGGAGUCUGCCAUAGAGUCAGCUGUGGUCAACCUCCUCAAAUAUGCCAUUCUAUCACACCGAUGGGGAGAAUCGGAGCCGACAUUCCAAGACCUAAAACGCGAAGGAGCGGGUUACAAGAAACUGGAGAAGUUUUGCGCAAAAGCAAAGGAGUAUGGCUGUGAUCUCGCAUGGUCUGAUACCUGCUGCAUCAACAAAGAAAGCAGCUCGGAGCUUGAUGAAGCAAUUUGGUCGAUGUACAUGUGGUACCGCGAGGCCUAUAUAUGCAUAGUGCACCUGGCUCAGACAAAUUCAUGGGAUACGCUGGAGAACGACGAGUGGUUCUUUCGUGGCUGGACCUUGCAAGAACUUCUUGCACCCCUUAGGAUGAGGUUUUAUUAUGGUCCUACUUGGACGCCUCUUACACAGAAUCUUAACGACAAAGAUGACGCGAGGGUUGUUCGUGCUCUUUAUCGCGCUACCAAGAUCCCUGAAAACGACCUGCGCAACUUUCGCUCCGGGCCAAAUCGUGCCUGGGAGAAGAUGAGCUGGGCAGCGAGUCGGAAGACAACCCGUGUUGAAGAUGUUGCCUACUCUCUUACCGGUAUCUUCGACAUCACCAUGACGGUCGCAUAUGGAGAAGGAGAUCGAGCUUUUAAAAGAUUCAUGGCAGAGCUUAUCGAGAAGUGCAAGGAAUGGCAAAUUCUUGUGUGGGCUGGCGGACUCCCUGGAUGUCCAACAGGGCCUUCCUGUUAUCGCACAACAGACGGGGCAGCACUCGAGAUGCUCAAGAACCACGAGAUCUCGUGGUGGGGAGAGGGUUGUGGUGAUGACGACUUCUCAAUCACAAAGCGUGGCGUGCAGGUCAAGCUAUUCAUGGUCCCUGCCUCCAUUGACCAGAGCCUCUGGCAGUCGGUAUUCCUUUCCUGUCCCGCUGGUGGUCUCACGACAUCACCGCUCGACGAGCUGGUCGUGCAAUCUCCUUUCUUUCCACCUGCAUCUACGACGGAGUGGGCGAUCGGGGUUGUUAACUAUCAUGACCAUGAUGACGCUAUGAAAGGAAAGUUGAAAGCAGGACAAAUUUAUAUAUGUUUCCUCUUGAGGCGGUUUUGUCGCCCUGGCCUGGAUACCGUGCGCAACCACUGGAGAAGGGAGGUAACGGACAAGAUUCUGACGGUUCGUUGCAAACAUGACUUCGAAAAAGAAGUAGAGAUCGUUUGGUUAUAAAUUAUAGAGUAGAAUGUGGUAAAGAAAACGUGUAACACAUACAGUGGAACCCUCAAUGAUCAUGUUACGAAUGGUUC